AUGUAUGUCAGAUACGCCGAGACGGCGAGAGUGAACUUCAUGCGCAACUUCGCGACUCACAUGGAUCCGGCGAAUAAAAAGGCAUGGAUGAAUCUCGUUGGCUCAACUGGGAUUGGUCUCAUCCUUCGGAGCAUCAAGAUUGAUUACAAAUUCCCCAUGAAAUACCCCGACAAGAUCAGCGUCUAUCACAAGCUAGUACAGGACCCUUCUUCUCAGGUCGAUAAGUCGGCGUUUGAGCUUCAAGUCGUGAUCCUCUCCGAGACACAUCAACGACCUGCUGCACGUUGUCAUGAGGACAUCGUCACGUAUAAUUAUCGUCAGGCCAAGAAAACACCCAUGCCUCCUUUCAUGAUGGAACAGUUCCAGAAGGCGUGGGCACUGCAAGAGGAAGCGAAGAAGACCUGGCAGCAGAGGAUCUUGGAAAUUGAGGGUCGUGUACGGACCCUCGAGACCGACAGUUGGGAUCAUGAGGAUGCUGUCGAGGACAAGGGAUCUGCGAACAAAUAG